AAUUACAGUUACCAUAAAACUUUCAUGGAGAACUAUUAAGUUUGGUUUAAAGAAGCUUAGAUCGCGUGCGGGCAAUGAUAUAAUUAAAUCGAAACAUAGAGCGAGGGAAUUUAUACCUCCAAAAUUCCAUUUUAAGCAAAAACCCAAAUCUAUUGAUUUUACAAAUGGUGAACGAUCUUACACAUUAGGAAGGAGAGAUAUUUAUAGUUGUACAAGGGUCAUAUUAAAAAAUGCU